AUGGCCGGCUGGUGCGUGGCGGCGGUGUCGGGGGUCACAUGCGGCGGCAAGACUACCGUGGCGCGCAUGCUGCACGCCGCAUACCCCGGCUCCGUGCUCGUGGCGCAAGACGACUACUUCCUGCCGGAGGACGACCCGCGCCAUGUGCCGGCGCCAGGCGUCAACCACCUGAACUGGGAAUUGCUGUCCUCGAUCGACACGGGCCGGAUGGUGACAGACGUGGCGGCGAUCUUGGCGCAGCCUGCGCCGGCCGGCGACGCUGCGCCGCGCCUGCUCAUCAUCGAAGGCUUCCUUGUGCUCAACGACGCGCGGCUGCGCGCGCUUUGUGACGUGCAGUGUUACGUGACGCUGGAGCGUGGCAUCUGCUGGGAGCGGCGCCAGCAUCGCCACUACGAGCCCGCCGACGUGCCUGGCUACUUCGACGCAUGCGUCUGGCCCAUGUACGAGCGCCACCUGGCGGAACUGCGUUGCGUGGACGGCGGUCGAGUCAUCUACCUGGAUGGCGCACUGCCGCUGGACCGGCUGUACACGCGCGUGGCUGCUGAGGUGUCGCGGGCCAUGGAGAAGCAGUGCGCCAAUUGA